AUGGCAGUAUAUCGACAGCAAAUGGAGGAAAGUCAUCAUGACUUGGUCAAUUUAUUGACCCAACAAAUGACUACAAUUCUGAAUCCCAUGAUGGCUGAUCAUGAAUCGAGAUUCGAGCGUCUGGCCAAACAAGUUAAAAAGAUUGCUCGAAUCGUUGAUUAUGAUGAAGGCGAGGGGCAUAACGCUCGAGGGAACAAUGAGGGGAUGGAAAAUAUUUUUCAAAAUGAAAAUCAUAUUCCAAAUCGAGAAAAUUCUCGCCUGGUUCAUCAAAAUGAAAAUGCUGAUAAUGUUUUACAGGGAUUACGUGGUGAUUAUUAUCAGGUCACUCGAAUUGUAGAAGAGGUUUUAAAUCGGGUUGGAUUGAAUGUUGGUUUUAUGAAUCAGCCACAUUUUGUAUCUACUUUUCCCCAAGUAGUUCAAAUGGCUGAAGUGCCAAGAGGGGUGAAAAAUCCAAAAAUAACCACAAAAUUUGCUGGAGAAGUUAGAGAAUCGACAACUGAUUAUGUUGCUCGUUAUUUGGUCGAGAUUGGAAACCUAGCCAAUGAUGAAAAUUUGAAAAUGAAAUUUUUUCCUUCGUCAUUGACGAAGAAUGCAUUUACAUGGUUCUCGAAUCUUAGACCAAAUUUGAUUACAACAUGGAAUCAGUUAGAAACUGCUUUUCAUGCUCAGUUUUAUCGAGGGGAAAUGAACGUAGCAGUUACCGAUUUAGUAGCUUUGAAACGUGAAGAUGGUGAAACCAUCGAUGACUAUUUAAUACGUUUAAAAAAUGCUAGAAGUAGGUGCUAUGUGACAUUACUUGAAAAUGAGAUAGUGAAAAUAGCAACCAUGGGGUUGGAAUUUUAUAUGCGCAUGAAAUUGCUUAAUGUGCAUAUUUCUGACUUGGCUCACCUGGCUGAAAAGGUUCGGCAGACUGAGCUUAUGAAAAAGGAGAAAAAAACAUAG